UAUUUACGUACAUCUUCAUAGCGCUCGUUGACACGACAGCGAUUUAGAGAACGCUGUUGUUUGGUUGUUUGCCACCUACAUAUAUGUAAUUCGAAGCUGUUGAACAGCCCUGAGACACACUUUACUUUUUUGCACUCGUGCUCUCCGCUCUCCGCCCUUCCGUUACCGAUCCGAGAGUCGCUCUGCGACUCGACCAACAACGAACAUAUACCAAAAUUAUAUCGCAUUCUCCUUGCCUAGAACUAGUGAGACCUCUAGCUUUCAGAACAUCAAGUCAUGUCAGCCAAUCAAGAAGAGCGGCCAACAUUCCGCCGUGAUUCUCCUUCGCCUGAGACCACACCUAGUAUAGCCCGCGGUCCUAAUAGGACAAACUCGGCUCGAUGUCUCUCCACACCCUCGUCCGUUUCCCGUACUUCGAGUGCCGAUAGCUCAUGUCGAGAUUCACUAGCUGGCGACGCAUAUUCCAGGAUGUCUUCCUCAAGCUAUCAGUCUCGAAGGUCAGACACUAGUGUUGCAUCUUCGCGCCUAUCGACGCAAAGCUUAGAUAGACCUCUGAAGCGACGUGGAUAUACGAAGCCGCAAGGGACAGAUUUCGCAUCCAGUGCAAGGCACCGAGAAAGCGUUCUGAGUUUGGGGAGCAUUUCCCACCUCCAGUACUAUUUCGCUAGAACUGGAUUGUUGGACGGGAAAGGGGGUCAGCUAGCAAGAAAGCGUCACCCACGGGCAACCUUAGACUUGUCACAAUUGAAUAGUCCCACCUUGUUAAGUCCAAAACUCAGUCCGGCUGAUGACUCGCCAUACGCCUCGAUGGGCAGUAGCCCGGAUCUUGCGGCCCAAAACUUUAUUGGUGGACUCAUGGUUGAAUCUCCCACCGAAGACCACGAUGGGUUUUACUCGGAUGAGUUCGAGGAACCAGAUCCGGACGUUUUGCCACCGACCACGAGCACAUAUAACCAUCGUGAAAAGCACAUCCCCAAACCUCCCACCAUUGAAGAGCUGAGGGCAGACUUGACAAAGGCGUUAGAUUCUGCUUCGAAAGUAUUGGUAGAGGCUACACCGUUAUCUGCCAGAGCGGCUGCGGUCCAGCCACCCAGAACACAAACGUGGUACGAGGUUCAAGGCGUGCAGUUGCUCGAUGUGAUGACACUAGCUAUACGCGCUGCGAAGAUAUACUACACAGCACACGAGCAUCCAGACCGUUUGGAUUCUAUCAAAUCCGAAAAGGAGAUACGCUCGGAGCUGCUUUCCGUCAUGGAGGUAUUGAAACAUAUGGCAACUAGGAGUUUUGCCGGUGGUCCCCGUGGUGAUGAGCACAAGACAAUGACAGCUUGGAUUGAAAGCAUACGUACCAUGCUUAGAAAAGAUGACGAGAUUGAGCAAGCUGAGCGCGACGAGAGAGCAAGCUGGACAUGGUGGAAAGGAGACUGGUCCGGAAGGGAAAUUGAGCGCGAGAUUGCUUUCUUGACCUCGAUUGACAACGAAGCUGAGCCAUUGCCACCAUGGACGCCAAUUGAUAAAUCAUCACAGCUGCCAACACCGUUCUUAGAGAGUAUGCAAAACGGUCUGAGGCUCGUCAAGCUUCAUAAUGCCGCGGUUAGGAAGUCUCGACGACGCUUUGGUGCCAUCGGGACAUUCCACACGGACACGCAGAAGCCGUACAGAUGCGCAGAUAAUCUUCGAUACUGGAUUAAAGCAGCCGAGCUGCGGUUCGAAGUGAUGUUGAAAGUAGACGUGAUGGGCGUGGUCUACAAUACCGAACCCCAAGUAUGGGCAGACUUCGAAGCAGCAAUCUGGAAAUGGUGUCAGAAAGUCAGAGAAGAGAUCACCGCCGAAUGGGAGAGUCAAGGAUAAGCAAAGUUCGAGAUAUUGUACGAAUUCACGCUUAUGAUGUUUCAUCCGCGGAUGUCAGAAGUUCUGUAGAUGGAACUUCAUAGUGUUGGCGAGCGGGCAGUAAACAUAUCGGCGGUUAGCGACCACAUUAGGAGGACGCUAUUGCAUCACGAUUUACAACAUAUACCCCAAAGCAUAGCGUUGAUGUU